UCGAUCGAAAUGAACUUAUUCUGAGGGAAUAUGUAUUGUGAACUCUAAUGAAUGUUGGAAUUCCUUCAUGAUAAAUUUGCAACAUGUCUGAAGUUGAUGCUAACCCUAAAAGAGGAGGCUGUUUAGCUGAACAGAAACACAUCUUCAAAGCAGCCAGGAAAACAGAUUUUGAAUUUGCUGAUCAUAUGUCAAAGUUCAGAUGUAAUACUUACCCCGGUUUGCUCGCUAAACAGAAAGCUAUCGUUAAACCAUCCAGGAAAUCACAAGAUAUUGAAUUCCAGCAUUCCAGUGAAAAUGUCAUGUUUAAAAGGACCAGACAUCCAAGUUUGUCUUCGUCCUCGCAGCACAGCAGAUAUGCCAUGACUAAUAGAACCAGUCAUCCAAGAUCGCCUUUAUUUCAGCAUCGCAGUGGAAAUGCAAUGUUAGAAACACCUUAUCGUCGAGGGUUGUCGUUUGGAAAACCAAAAUCACAUGGAGGUUCAGAUAAAGAAUUCAUCGAUCCACUUGCGUAUUGUACUGGAACAACUGAUAUUGAGGACGGCGUUGAUACACUGGUAAUAGAUGAUUCGAAAUCAGAAUUACAAACGGCACAAAGCAAAGCGUCGCAAAGUUUAGUAGAAAACUGGAUUUUUCUAAAGGAAAAUAGCAAUGCUACUACAUGGAAAAAGCAAUUCCUUGAACACAAACUUCUUUGUGAAAAAGAUGUUGAGACUUUGGGAGCAAAAAUGAAAAGAUCAGAGUUGGCGGAGUGGCUACUUAUGAAAACUUUACAGAAAGUUAAAACAAAAGAAGACAUUGAACUAAUAGAAACUGUAGUCUGUAGUGAUGUCGGGAUUCUGCCUAGAAGAGGGAAGACAGAACAAGCUUUCUGGCAAGAGUCAAAAGAGAAGCUUACAGAAGUGAAAAACAAAUUAGAAAAAAACCUAAGUAAACUAGAAGAACUGUUAAGCAGGGAAGAUGCAAUUGCAGUUAAAGACCAUUUGGUACAGGAUAAGAUUAUCAAUUUAACUGACAACGAACAUCUCUUGAGACAAGAAAAACGAGUUCACGACGGAAAAAGCAGUUUGAUAAAGGAAGUAAUUAUAAUGGUAAUUAACAAAUUACACCUUGGGUCAUAUCAGUGUCUCACUCAGAGCUUAGAAGCAAUGAGCAAUACAAAACGACAGGAACAGAUUGAUAAAAUAUUAACAGAUGUUUCAGAGGCCGUUUCCGUGCAAUCAGGAUUGCAGCCUAUAGAAAUCGAGCAUAUGCAAUCUAAAUUCUAUGAUAAACCAAUAGAUGACAAUACUGAUUUCAAAUUGACGAUGAGGGCCACAAAUAAGACAGAACAGGAAGUUGAGGAAGUUUACAGGCCGAUUGAAAACAAUCUAAAGACAUUGAAAAGGAUAUUCUUAUCCAGGUUUGCUUCUACUCCUGUAAAAAUAAGUAAAGGAUCUCUAGUAAUUAACUUUCAGAUGAUGGAAAGAAAUAUGCAAGAAUAUAUAAAAGAAUGUCUUCGGAAUGGACAUGUAUCAACUUUAAUAAAAAUGAUAUUCAAUGAGAUAGCGAUAGAAGAUGUAGUUCCAUCAGGAGAGAUACUGUUACAUGUACAAAUUGAGGUGAAUAAAGAUUUGGAUUUGCCUGAACCAAUUUCAGAAAAUUUAUCAGAAAAGAAGUUUGUGCCUGAUAACCGGUCUUUCCUGAUAGAAGAAAUAGACACCGACGCUAUACACGAAGGCCUAAGAAAGCGCGACAUUAGUAUACCAUCAAUUGUAUUUUCCAAGGGACGCAGAGAGAAAGCAACUCAAAUUAUAGAUUACAUUUUGGUAAACCAUCAUGAAGACACGUUUUUGCUUCUUAUAAAAGACAACGAGGAGAACGAAUUUGACUAUUUACUCCAGCGUCUUGAAACAUAUGAAACAGUUUAUACAACUGACCCUUCAUGCUUGAGAACAAACAUAUUGCUACAAUUUUCUAAAAUUGUGGAUGACAUCGAUAUAGAUGAUAUACGGGAUAUUUUGCUUGAACGACGCACUGUUAUAACUGAGAAAAUUUUAAAUGGGAGACAAAUAUGCAUGACAACCCUUUUGGUGAAAAUCCUUAAGUAUGGUGAUGCUAUCAGAGCAUUUGUUGAUGCUCUUUUUAUUAUUGAUUGGCCAGCAGCAGAAAAGCUGAUAACACGGCAGAGUCAAGUCAGUGUUGUCGCAAAAGGUUCGGGAAUCGAAAUAUGUGAGAGUUCCAGUGGAGAUAAUCUUCUUUUUGAGGGAAGUUUUAAAAUAAUAAUCGACAAAAGGGUCAGUACAAUAACAAUUGGAGAUAAAGUUAGGAUAAAACCAUCAGUUACCCCGCUAUCAUGUGGAGAAGUUACUCAAAGGAGCAUAGGGAAAGUUGCAGCCAUCUUUUCUGAUGACCAUACUGUUGCAAUAGACUUUCCUGAACAUCAGCAUUGUAUUCGUAUCUUAGAGGAAAUACAAAUUGUACUCAGUACUCACCCUGGUGUCGGUUGUGAUGGAUGUAAUCUUUUCCCUUUGGUUGGCAACAGAUACAAGUGUUGGUUGUGCGAGAAAUUUAAUUUCUGUGAGAUCUGUUUUAGAAUUAGAAAACACAGACAUCCAUUUACUAAGAUUGAAGAACCAACUAUCUAUCCUGAUGACGAUGAUGUUAACAUACACGUUCGUGAACAUAUAGAUUUGAACUUUAUCAUAGACGAAAUGUCAAUACCACGACGUACUUUCACAUGUGAUGAAAUAGAUCGAUUCCCUUUUAUUGGCAACAUAUACAAGUGUAGAGCAUACAAGAUCCGGGGUUUUUGUGAGAACUGUUUAAGAAAUAAGAAACACAGACAUCCAUUUACUAGGAUUGGUGAAGCUGGCAGUACAAUAGAAAUUGGAGAUGACGUCAGGAUAAAACAAUCGGUUACCACGCCAGAAUAUCGAUGGAGAGGAGUUACUCAAAGAAGCAUAGGAACAGUGAGAGCUAUCUAUCCUAAUGGCAAUAUUGUUACAAUAGACUUUCCUGAACACCAUAAUUGGAAAGGUAGCAUAGAGGAAAUUGAAAUAGUACCAAGUACUCACCCUGGUGUUGGUUGUGAUGGAUGUUAUAUAUUCCCAUUGGUUGGUAACAGAUACAAGUGUCGAGUCUGCACGAACUUUAAUUUCUGUGAGAUCUGUUUUAGAAGCAGAAAACAAAAUGGAAGUCCAUUAAGGGUAAUGCCACCAGGUACCCUGCCAUAUAGAUUAGAAGGAGUUACUCCAAGGGGCAGAGUGAAUUAAAUGCUGUGAUUAUCUAAAUCAUAAAAGGCGAAGUAAAUGACAGAGUAUAUCUUCCAAAGCUCAAUUCUAAAAUUAUUUUAUCUUACUGAUUGAGUGUCUUUCGUGAACUUAGUAACCAUUCGUUGAUUAUCGCAAGCGAAAGAUUUUAUUGCAUAAUAAUCAAGAAGUGCACUUUAUUUUCGAAAAAUGUAUUUAGUGUGUGAAACAAGUUUUCUUGAUAUAUUUUACUGUCCCAAGUCAGGAGCCGCUGGUCUAUGUUAAUCUUGUAUUUUAUUUUAUUUUAUUUUAAUUUUAGUUAAUUUAUAUGUUUUUGUGUUUAGUUUGACGUCCAUUUUCACUGAACUAGUACACAUUUUACAAUUAUUUUUUUUUUGCAAUGGAAAUGUAUUAAAAAACAUGUGUUAUGUUAAUUUAUUCAUUGAUAUCAAAGCUGUCAUAUUGUUGUUAUUUUUUUUGUGACAGUGAUGUCAUAGAUCUGGAAUUGAUACAUGCAGCUAACAAAUAAGAAACUUAUUGAUGUGAGCAAUAGUAAAAGUUCAAUUAUAAGUGAAUAUUGAAGGGCGAGGGGAUUUGAAAUGCCCUUUUUGUGAGGAGGUUUUUGGUAUUUGUUGUUUCAGUGAUAAAUACGCGACAAUUUAAAGAGAGAACACAGACUGGUUGACUCGGAGUCAGACAUGUGUCCGGGUAGGUUAACUUUUCUAACAGCGAACUGUUACUGUGCUUCUGUACUUAUACAUCCCGUUAUUAUGCUAUUAUAAAACUUGCUUGUCGUUCAUUUUUGCUAUGUGCUUAGUAUGGAUGCCUUUUUAUGUUUCUUUGUUACAUAUAUGACGUGGCUCUGUACUUAUACAUCCCGUCAUUGUAUUAUUGUACUAUGGUAAAUUUGUGUAUUCUUGUCUAUAAGUUUUGCUAAUAUGCUUGAUCUAUAUGCCAUUUUGUUUUUCUUUGUUACAUAUUUGUUUUUUUUAGUGAUUAAGAUUAUAUCACAAUGUUGACUUCUGUAUUUUUAACAUUUUUACCUAUUAUGUCUAUUUGUUUUGUUCACGCAUCGUUGUCAACAUAAUAGAAUUUGAUGCGACUGUCAUACAAGUGAAAGGUUUAGCUAGCUAUAAAACCAGGUUCAAUCCACCAUUUUCUACAUAAGAAAAUGCCUGUACCAAGUCAUGAAUAUGACAGUUGUUAUCCAAUCGUUUGAUGUGUUUGAGCUUUUGAUUUUGUCAUUUGAUUAGGGACUUUCCGUUUUGAAUUUUCCUCGGAGUUCAGUAUUUUUGUGAUUUUACUUUUUAGCUCAUACUUUUACCGUUAAAAAUCUGACUCAGCGUGCCGUUCUACUACGAAGAAGGGUUCAUGUUCAGAAUAAUUAUAAAUUACAAAAUUCUGUAUAUUUUUUUAUAUUUUGUAUAGAUAUAUUAAAUAAAGAUUUAUACUUUUAUUCCAUGUACAUAUACUUAUGAUAAUUGAUUGUAAUUAUUAAUGUUUGUUCUUUGUUUGUGUGUUGAUGACAAUUCAGAAUUUGGAUUUUGAAUCAAUAAAUCUUUUAUUUUAAUUUUA